CCUACCGGAGCUACCGGGAGGCAGUAGCGUUACAGAGCGAGUCCCCGCCGCCCGCCCCGGAGGAACCAAACGGAGGAAGGUCCACUGUGAGCCGCCGUGAGAACCAAACGAUGCCAGCGCUGCUCACCGCCGCCCAGUAACACGUACUAUCGACAAACUGAGAAGAGAAGAGAACCGUUACCGUGGUUUACCGACAGAAAAAAAACAAAAAAACAGAAAAAGACACGGAGGACGGACGGACCGACAGACCACAACGCUUGAGAAACAAACCGCUAAAAGCUGCGGAGGCUACAUCGUGUUGUUUUUUUCUUUUGCGCUGUGGAUCAAACCGAGUGGAUCCUUGAUUUAAAUGCUUUAACGGUUCCGUACCCCCGGUUUGAGAGCGAGACAGAGGGAGCUGCCCAGAGAGCGAAAGAAAGAGACUGAGGGAGAGGGAUCGAAGGUAUAGCGCAGAAAAAGGAGGAAAUAAACUAAGAUAGAAAAAAAAAAAAAGGAUUUGCAGCCAGCUUUGUUUCCACGCGCAAGUUUCACUGAAUCCACCUUUUUAAUUGCUUUUUCUUCCGUGGAUCCCGGUACCGGUAACGCUAUCAAGCUGUGUUCUCUAACCAUGGGAUGUACUCUGAGCGCAGAGGAGAGGGCGGCUCUGGACCGGAGCAAAGCCAUCGAGAAAAACCUCAAGGAGGACGGUCUCACCGCGGCCAAAGAUGUUAAACUGCUGCUGCUCGGGGCUGGAGAGUCAGGGAAAAGCACCAUCGUCAAACAGAUGAAGAUCAUCCAUGAGGACGGUUUCUCUGGUGACGACGUAAAGCAGUACAAGCCUGUCGUUUACAGCAACACCAUCCAAUCUCUGGCUGCCAUCGUCCGUGCCAUGGAUACACUGGGCCUGGAGUAUGGAGACAAAGAACGCAAGGCGGAUGCUAAGAUGGUGUGCGAUGUCGUCAGUCGUAUGGAAGACACGGAGCCUUACUCUGCCGAGCUGCUCUCCGCCAUGAUGCGUCUGUGGUCCGACUCUGGCAUCCAGGAGUGCUUCAGCCGCGCCCGAGAGUACCAGCUCAACGAUUCAGCGCAGUACUACCUAGACAGCCUAGAUCGGAUUGGUGCAACAGACUACCAGCCGACAGAGCAGGACAUCCUGAGGACCCGAGUGAAGACCACAGGCAUCGUUGAGACACACUUUACCUUCAAAAACCUUCACUUCAGGCUGUUUGAUGUGGGAGGUCAGAGGUCGGAGAGGAAGAAGUGGAUCCACUGUUUUGAGGAUGUCACAGCCAUCAUUUUCUGUGUGGCACUCAGCGGAUACGACCAGGUGCUGCAUGAGGACGAGACCACGAACCGCAUGCACGAGUCUCUGAAGCUCUUUGAUUCCAUCUGUAACAACAAGUGGUUUAAGGACACCUCCAUCAUCCUCUUCCUGAACAAGAAGGACCUCUUUGAAAGCAAGAUCAGCAAGUCACCACUGUCCAUCUGCUUCUCCGAAUACACUGGUCCAGACACUUACUUGGAAGGAAUAGCCUACAUUAAGUCUCACUACGAGAGCAAGAACAAGUCGCCCAACAAGGAGGUCUACUCCCACGUGACCUGCGCUACAGACACCAACAACAUCCAGUUUGUCUUUGAUGCUGUUACUGAUGUCAUCAUAGCGAAUAACUUGCGGGGCUGUGGCCUUUACUAAUGAUGCUAUUAAAUGUUAGCCAAUAUGCAAGAUGGGUGUUUGACUUGUAUUUACCCAUGUGGUACCUACGUGGGUAAAUACAUUUGGUACAACCUAUGUGGUAUAUGCCACACAACCUAUGUGGUAUCUAUCACACAACUAUUGUGGUAUACCACAUAGGUUGUGUGGCUCAUGUCAUUGUGUAAUUGUGUCAAAUAUGGGGUGUGAGUUGUGGUCAUGAUGUCAUCGUACUGCUUAACCAUAAGGCUGAUCAUUGGUUCAACUUGACUCUUAAUUAACGAAUUGAUUGGUUGGUUGAGAUGUUAUUUAAUCUAUUUGCCUUUUUUCAUUCAUCAUGUCAGUUCCUAGCAAAGAACCACCAGCACAUUCCAGGUACACUGUACAUUGUGUGUUUGAUUGUAUCUCAACUCCAAAUCUGUUGCUGGUGUGCUGCAGAUAUUUUGCACAAUACCUAGAGUUAACUCCUCUGGGACACGAGGUUCCUGGGACUUAUUUGUACAUAUAGCAGUGCCUUACUCAUUGCCCUAGAUGAGAUGCAGUCUAAGUGCACCCCUCUAAGAAAUCCAGGAGUAGUCCUCAAAAAUGAAAUUGUGAGAUAUUUCUCAUUAUUUUAAAAUGUCAGUUGUCAUUCUGAUAUCUUAUAUUUUAGUCAGUUAGGUUCAUGAAGGGCCAAUGUGAAACUGCGUUAAACGAUGUCAAUGAACAAGUCCUAAUCAGAAGUUCAGUUCACUCUCAGUUUAGUUCAGAGAGGUGUUCUUCAGAGUUAAUUAUGUAUAUGAGAUAUUAGCCCCUGUAUGUCAGGGGCACUCUGGCGGCCAAGGGGUUAGGGCACAUACUAUACAACUGUGAUGUCACAAUUUAAAUUCCAGCUGGGGACCUUUGUUGCAUGUCAUACUCCACCCUCUCUCUCUCCCUAUAUUUCUGCAAAAAACAACUUCGCUCAUGCCGUGUUGUGAUAUUCAUUCCUCUGAUGUUUGUGGUACACUGCAUAGUGUCAGACUGUUGCAUUUAGCCAUGCCCAUUAAACUGUGGAACUUCAAAACGGCUAAUCUUAAAUAAAUACAUAAAUGCAUACAUAAAUAAAAGAUGCAAUGAACCAAAACCAUAAUAGAUAAAUACUGAAGAAAAUAGAUGAACUCAUCAUUAUGACGUUAAAUUAAAAUCGAACUCAUUAUAAUGAUCAUAAUAAUGUGUUUUCACAGUAAUAGUUUAACAGUUCAUUUAAAAUAUUUCUUUUAAUGUCUCCCUGAAAUAAGAAGAAACUUGUUAAAAGGUACAUUUUGAAAUUGCUAUAAUUAAAUAAGAAUGAACCAUAAUUAAGUAAUUUUACAUUGAAUUUAGCACUUUUUCAUAUGAUUAUUAAGUUCAUAAUGUAUUUUUAUUGUAUAUACUGAAUUUAUUUAUUUGAUAUUGGCCUGUACAGAGUUCCAUAUUAAACAGUGUGAUGCCUUUGUGAGUUCUGGAUUCAACAAAUAGGACUAAUUAAUGGUACCCUGUCCAUUCAUCUUAUCCUACCCUCAAAGGCCUCAGAGAAACAUGUAGGAUCAUAAGAGCCUCAUGUCAACUUCAAUAUAGCAAAGCUUCUCUCACUGAAAACCUGCGGGAGCAGAGGGAUUUUCGGGGGGAGAGGAUUGUUCAGAAUACUAAAUGUAAUUAGACCAGAAAUAAUC